AUUGCCAUUCUCCGCCCGGCAAUGUCUCGCCGGAAGCCUGCGUCGGACGCACUCACGGCAGCCCGCUCGGCCCCCGGAAGACAAGCAGUUCUGAGUCGGUUCUUCCAAUCUACUGGAAGCCUGAAAUCCAACUCGUCACCCCCGGGUGCCCCCGGGAAGGGAGAGCCUGGCUCCGCAGCGCCCCCAGCGUCCGCGGUGCAGCUGCCUUUGUCCACAAAAACUGACAGAAGGAAAAAAAGACCACUGGUGAAUGAUGGACCUGUUAAAAAGAAAACAAAGAAAGCCCAGGAACAGGAAGGAGGAAGUGACUUGGUAAUGUCUGGCAGUCCUGUAGUUUCUGAAGAACCAAAGAGACAUCUGAGGACCAGGAGCCUUUUAAAGUCACUGGAAAAACUGAAAGAGUUCAGCUGUGAUUCUGCCCUCCCUCACAUUAGAGUCCAGACAGAGCCAUGCAGGGAGAGAUUUGCAGUUCUGCCAAAGUGUACUGAUUUUGAGGACAUCAGUCUUCAGCGUGCAAAGAGUGCAAUUUCUACUGAAGAUUCCAAGUCACAAAGUAAUCAAAAGGACAGUCAAUUUGGACCAUUACAAGGGAGCCAUGAAAACAUCCCAAAAGCUUCAUUUAACAAACGAUCUAAAAGCACCUAUACGCCAUUAGAACUGCAGUAUAUAGAGAUGAAACAGCAGUAUAAAGAUGCAAUUCUGUGUGUGGAAUGUGGAUAUAAGUACAGGUUCUUUGGGGAAGAUGCAGAGAUUGCUGCCCGGGAGCUGAAUAUUUAUUGUCAUUUAGAUCACAAUUUUAUGACAGCGAGUAUACCUACCCACAGAUUGUUUGUUCAUGUUCGCCGCCUUGUGGCCAAAGGAUACAAGGUGGGAGUUGUGAAGCAAACUGAAACGGCAGCAUUGAAAGCUGUUGGAGACAACAAAAGUUCACUCUUUGCCCGGAAAUUGACUGCUCUUUAUACAAAAUCUACACUCAUUGGAGAAGAUGUGAAUCCUCUGGUCAAGCUAGAUGACACUGUGAAUGUUGAUGAGAUAAUGACUGACACUUCCACUAAUUAUCUUCUGUGCAUCUAUGAAGAUAAGGAGAAUAUUAAGGACAAAAAAAAGGGGAAUGUCAUUUUUGGCAUUGUGGGAGUGCAGCCUGCUACAGGUGAGAUUGUGUUUGAUAGCUUCCAGGACUCCGCUUCGCGAUCAGAGCUGGAGACUCGCAUAUCCAGCCUGCAGCCUGUGGAGCUGCUGCUUCCGUCAGACUUGUCAGAGCAGACAGAGACACUCAUCCACCGAGCCACUGCUGUUAGUGUGCGGGAUGACAGAAUUCGGGUAGAAAGGAUGGACAACAUUUAUUUUGAAUACAGCCAUGCUUUCCAGGCAGUUUCAGAGUUUUAUGGAAAAGAAAUAAUAGACAUCAAAGGUUCCCAAAGUUUUUCUGGCAUCAUUAAUUUGGAGAAGCCUGUGAUUUGCUCUUUGGCUGGCAUAAUAAAAUAUCUAAAAGAAUUUAAUUUGGAAAAGAUGCUCUCUAAACCUGAGAAUUUUAAACAGCUGUCAAGUGACAUGGAAUUUAUGACCAUUAAUGGAACAACUUUAAGGAAUCUGGAAAUCCUACAGAAUCAGACUGAUCUGAAGACCAAAGGAAGUUUACUUUGGGUUUUAGACCACACUAAGACGUCAUUUGGGAAGCGAAGGUUAAAGAAGUGGGUAACCCAGCCACUUCUUAAAUUAAGGGAAAUAAACGCCCGACUGGAUGCAGUGUCUGAAGUUGUCCAUUCUGAAUCUAGUGUGUUUGGUCAUAUAGAAAAUCAUCUACAUAAAUUGCCUGACCUAGAAAGAGGACUCUGUAGCAUUUAUCAUAAAAAAUGUUCUACACAAGAGUUCUUCUUGAUUGUCAGAAGCCUGUAUCAACUGAAGUCAGAAUUUCAAGCAUUAAUACCUUCUGUCAAUUCCCAUGUGCAGUCAGACUUGCUCCAGACACUUAUGUUAGAAAUUCCUGAACUCCUGAAUCCAGUGGAACAUUACUUAAAAAUACUUAAUGAACAGGCUGCCAAAAUCCAGGAACGAGAAGUUAGACUUUGGUCCUGGCUUAUCGAUGAUGAAAUGAUAACCUUAUCAAUUCUCUUGGAUCGCAUAGUGAUUAAAUGGCUGCCCUUACCCUUGAAGUUGAGAUUUAUGAUUGAAAUAAAGAACUCCGCUAUAUCUUGCAUACCAACGGAUUGGGUUAAGGUUGGAAGCACAAAAGCCGUGAGCCGCUUUCACUCUCCUUUUAUUGUAGAAAAUUACAGACAUCUGAAUCAGCUCCGGGAGCAGCUAGUCCUUGACUGCAGUGCUGAAUGGCUUGAUUUUCUAGAGAAUUUCAGUGAACAUUAUCAGUCUUUGUGUAAAGCAGUACAUCACCUAGCAACUCUUGACUGCAUCUUCUCCCUGGCCAAGGUUGCAAAGCAAGGCGAUUACUGCAGGCCAACUCUACAAGAAGAAAAGAAAAUCAUCAUAAAAAAUGGAAGGCAUCCUGUGAUUGAUGUGCUGCUUGGAGAACAAGAUCAAUACGUUCCCAAUAAUACAAAUUUAUCAGAGGACUCAGAGAGAGUAAUGAUAAUUACUGGACCAAACAUGGGUGGAAAGAGCUCCUACAUUAAACAAGUUGCACUGAUUACCAUCAUGGCUCAGAUUGGUUCCUAUGUUCCUGCAGAGGAAGCAACAAUUGGGAUUGUGGAUGGCAUUUUCACAAGGAUGGGUGCUGCAGACAACAUAUAUAAAGGACAGAGUACAUUUAUGGAAGAGCUGACUGACACAGCUGAAAUCAUCAGAAAAGCAUCAUCGCAGUCCUUGGUGAUCUUGGAUGAACUGGGAAGAGGGACAAGCACUCAUGAUGGAAUUGCCAUUGCUUAUGCCACACUUGAGUAUUUCAUCAGAGAUGUGAAAUCUUUAACCCUGUUUGUUACCCAUUAUCCUCCAGUUUGCGAACUAGAAAAAAGUUACUCCCAACAGGUGGGGAACUAUCACAUGGGGUUUUUGGUUAACGAGGAUGAAAGCGAACAGAAUCCAGGUGAAGAUGAACAGGUGCCUGAUUUUGUCACUUUCCUUUAUCAAAUAACAAGAGGAGUUGCGGCAAGAAGUUACGGACUCAAUGUGGCUAAACUAGCAGAUGUUCCUGAAGAAAUUUUAAAGAAAGCAGCCCACAAGUCAAAAGAGCUGGAAGAAUUAGUAAAUAAGAAAAGGAAAAGCUUAAAGUAUUUUACAAAAUUAUGGAUGACACAUAAUGCAAAAGAUCUACAGGAGUGGACAGACAGCUUUCAAAUGGAAGAAAUACAAACUUCUUUUCCUGAUUAAGAUGAAGACUACGUUUUUUUAAACAAUUUUUAAAAAGGAGAAUUAAGAAUACCAACUGUGCAAAAUAACCCUCCACUAACAGCCCAUCUUUGUGUGACAUGUGAGCAUAAAAUUAUGACCAUGGUAUAUUCCUUUUAGAAACAGAUAUUUUUACUCUUGAAAGUUUAAUGCCUGUCCUGCCAUUUCAAAGGAUAAACAUAUAAACACUUUUGGAUUUGAAGACUUCCAUUAUGUAAUUUAAAAAUUUCCUUGGUAUUAAGUCUCAUAUAAAAUCUAAACAUUCUAAACAAAAUCUAAAGUGGUAGAACAUAGUACAUUAAACAUUUGGAGGCUAUUAUACAUUCUUAAUAGAUAUUUAUAUUUGUUUCAGUCCAGACAGUUGGCAGCAGUAUAAAUCUGGUAGGAAUCUACCUUUCACUUUGAAUUAAAUUAAUUUUAUAGUAUCACCAGUUUAUUCACCAUGAAUAUAAGAAAAUUCCAUAAGAAAUAAAGUUAUUGAGCUUUUAGAAACUAGAGCACAGGAGAGGAAUAAGAUGAUGUGAAAUUUGAAGAAUUAAACUCACAUUUUAAAUAUUGUUGGAUGAAAUUAUUUUGUCAUUCAAGUAAUAAAUAUUUAAUGAAUGCCAGCUGCA